CGGGGGCGGGGCCGAGCCCUCAGCUGACCGGCCGCCAUUUUGUCAGGCGCUCGGAGGCCGAGCGCAGCCCGGAGCUGGGGGUUCGCGGCCGCCGGGGCCGCCCCUGCCGCCCGCCCCGCGCGGGGCCAGCGCCGCUCGCGCUCCGCUCCCCCCUGGCCUCCCUGCCUGGCAUGUGAGCGGCUCGGGCCCGCUGCUCUCACCCGGCUUGUGCAGGAGCCGCGGCGGCGCCCCGGCUGGGCCCGGCCCCUCAGCCCCGAGCGCAGGCCCCGCCGCCGCCGCCACCAUGGCGCUGAAGAUGGUGAAGGGCAGCAUCGACCGCAUGUUCGACAAGAACCUGCAGGACCUGGUGCGGGGGAUCCGCAACCACAAGGAGGACGAGGCAAAAUACAUCUCCCAGUGCAUCGAUGAGAUCAAGCAGGAGCUAAAGCAGGAUAACAUUGCAGUGAAAUCAAAUGCAGUCUGCAAACUUACAUAUUUACAGAUGCUGGGCUACGACAUCAGUUGGGCUGCUUUCAAUAUUAUUGAAGUCAUGAGUGCAUCAAAGUUUACAUUCAAAAGAAUUGGUUACCUAGCUGCCUCUCAGUGCUUUCAUGAAGGGACUGAUGUAAUUAUGUUGACUACUAAUCAAAUCCGAAAGGAUCUGAGUAGCCCUAACCAAUAUGAUACUGGAGUUGCACUGACUGGCUUGUCCUGUUUUGUUACUCCAGAUCUUGCCAGGGACUUGGCAAAUGACAUCAUGACACUGAUGUCUCAUACGAAGCCUUAUAUCAGGAAGAAGGCAGUGUUAAUCAUGUACAAAGUUUUCUUGAAAUACCCAGAGUCCCUCCGUCCUGCAUUUCCUCGCCUUAAAGAGAAACUUGAAGAUCCAGAUCCUGGUGUGCAGUCUGCUGCAGUAAAUGUUAUUUGUGAGCUGGCUCGACGCAAUCCCAAGAACUACCUUUCUCUUGCUCCACUCUUUUUCAAGUUGAUGACAUCGUCAACCAAUAAUUGGGUUCUCAUUAAAAUUAUAAAACUGUUUGGUGCUCUUACUCCAUUAGAACCUAGGCUGGGAAAGAAACUAAUUGAGCCUCUGACCAACCUCAUACACAGCACCUCAGCCAUGUCUCUCUUAUAUGAAUGUGUGAACACAGUAAUAGCAGUUUUGAUCUCGCUAUCCUCUGGGAUGCCUAAUCACAGCGCUAGCAUCCAGCUUUGUGUACAGAAGUUAAGAAUAUUGAUAGAAGAUUCUGACCAGAACUUGAAAUACCUGGGAUUGUUAGCUAUGUCCAAAAUCCUGAAAACACAUCCUAAGUCAGUUCAGUCUCACAAGGAUCUCAUUCUCCAAUGUUUGGAUGACAAAGAUGAGUCUAUCCGUCUUAGAGCUUUAGAUCUGCUGUAUGGCAUGGUUUCGAAGAAGAACUUGAUGGAGAUAGUGAAGAAAUUGAUGAUUCAUGUGGAUAAAGCGGAAGGGACAACGUACCGGGAUGAGCUGCUGACUAAAAUCAUAGAUAUUUGUAGUCAGUCCAAUUACCAAUACAUCACGAACUUUGAAUGGUACAUAAGCAUCUUGGUGGAACUGACCCGAUUGGAAGGCACACGACAUGGGCAUCUUAUAGCAGCUCAGAUGUUAGAUGUAGCUAUCAGAGUUAAAGCUAUUCGUAAAUUUGCAGUUUCUCAGAUGGCUAUGCUUUUGGACAACGCUCAUCUCAUAGCCAGCAACACCCAGAGGAACGGAAUCUGUGAGGUGCUUUAUGCUGCUGCUUGGAUAUGUGGGGAAUUCUCUGAACACCUUGAGGAAGCAAACCAAACUUUAGAAGCAAUGCUGAGGCCUAAAGUUACAACUCUACCAGGCCACAUCCAGGCAGUUUACGUCCAGAACAUGGUGAAGCUCUAUGCAUCUAUCCUACAGCAGAAAGAACAAUCUGGGGAAAAGGAAGCAGCUCAGGAAAUUACACAGCUGAUGAUUGAGCGCUUGCCUCAGUUCGUACAGAGUGCAGAUCUAGAAGUUCAGGAGAGGGCUUCUUGUAUUUUGCAACUAAUAAAAUACAUUCAGAAGCUACAAAUAAAAGAAGUGCCUGUAGCUGAGGAAGUAAUUGCACUGUUUGCUGGUGAGCUGAACCCUGUCGCUCCUAAAGCACAGAAGAAAGUCCCAGUUCCAGAGGGCUUGGACCUUGAUGCCUGGAUCAAUGAGCCUCCAUCAGACAGUGAGUCAGAAGAUGAAAAGCCCAAAACAAUUUUUCAUGAUGAGGAACAAAGGCAUUCCAGGCACAGACAGCCAGAAAUAGAUGAAGAAGAACUGGCCAGACGUCGAGAAGCCCGGAAACAAGAGCAGGCAAACAACCCAUUUUAUAUUAAAAGCUCUCCUUCCCCACAGAAGCGAUACCAAGAUACUCCAGGUGUGGAACAUAUACCUGUGGUCCAGAUCGACCUCUCUGUCCCCUUAAAAGUUCCAGGAAUGCCUAUGUCUGACCAGUAUGUGAAACUGGAAGAAGAGCGAAGGCAUAAACAGAAACUGGAGAAAGACAAGAAGAAGAAAAAGCAGAAAAAGGAGAAGAGAGGAAAGCAUCAUCGCCAUAACUCUUUGCACACAGAGAGUGAGGAGGAUAUCACUCCGGCUCACCAUGUAGAUAUCAUCACAGAGGAGAUGCCAGAGAAUGCAUUGCCCAGUGAUGAGGAUGACAAAGAUCCCAACGAUCCAUAUAAGGCACUUGAUAUAGAUCUGGAUAAGCCCUUAGCAGACAGUGAGAAGCUGCCAGUGCAGAGACAUAGAAAUGCGGAGACCCUGAAGUCACCAGACUCAGAAGCUCCACCUGUAGAGAAGAGUAAGAAACCCAAAAAGAAGGAAAAGAAACACAGAGAAAAGGAGAGAGACAAAGGAAAGAAGAAAGAGAAGGAGAAAAAGGUAGUAGAGGAAGAAGAGGAGAAAAAGGGGGAAGACUUGGAUUUCUGGCUCUCCACUGCUCCACCACCUGUUUCCACUACACAGCCACAGAGCGGGCCUGAAGUGAGUGCUGCUGUUGUGGCUGAACCUGAAGAGGUAAAAAAGGAAGAAAGGGAAGAGCAGCAGGAGGAAGAUGAAGGAAAGAAAUCCUCCAAGCACAAGAAGAAAAAGCACAAGAAAGAGAAAGAAGAGAAAUCCAAGGAUAAAAAGAAAUCCAAAAAGAAGCAUCACAGUGAGGAGGAAGCAACAGAAUCAGUGCAGAAUGGAACACUAGAUGAUGAACCACUACCACCUAUGUCCAGUUACCGCCUUCUUGCUGAAAAUCCAUACAUUAAAAUGACGUACGAUAUUCAAGGAAACCUUCAGAAUGAUAGUCAAGUUACUGUCUCUGUUAUCUUUGAAAACAAAAGCACUAGCUUCCUUAAGAGCAUGGAAUUAAAUGUCCUGGACUCUCUCAACACUAAAAUGCUCCGACCGGAAGGAUCAUCAGUACAUGAUGGAAUACCUGUGCCCUUCCAACUACCCCCUGGAAUCUCUAAUGAAGCCCAGUUUGUGUUUACACUUCAGAGUAUUGUUAUGGCUCAGAAGUUAAAAGGAACACUGUCCUUUAUAGUCAAAAAUGAUGAAGGUUCAACCCAUGAAAAACUAGAUUUCAAAUUGCACUUCAGUUGCGCUUCAUACUUGAUCACGACGCCUUGCUAUAGUGAUGCUUUUGCCAAGCUUCUAGAAUCUGGAGAUCUACACAUGAGUUCUAUUAAAGUAGAUGGAAUUAGCAUUUCUUUCCAACAUCUACUGGCAAAGAUCUGUUUUCAUCAUCACUUUUCAGUUGUGGAACGUGUUGAUUCUUGUGCAUCAAUGUACAGUCGUUCUAUCCAAGGUCAUCACGUCUGCCUACUGGUAAAAAAGGGAGAGAACUCUGUAUCCAUAGAUGGGAAAUGUAGUGAUUCUACCCUGCUUAGCAACUUGUUGGAUGAGAUGAAAGAGACAUUGUCCAAGUGCUGAAUAUUCCUUAUAAAAUACUCCAACUGCAAGAAACACACCUAAUGUGUAAAGACAAGCAGACCCAAGUGUUAAAUUUCUCCCUCGUACGCAUGUACUAUCCUGGGGCACGUGCUUUUCAGUUAACUCCACCAUUGUUUGCAGUUUAGACAUUUUAAGGCUGUAUGUUACCUUUUUAUUUCAAAACUUUUUACAAACUGUGGUGUUAACCCUUUCUAGCCCAAAGAGAUCCUGGUGACAUGACUGGAGGAGGGAGGGAGGGGCGCUAUUUAUUCAGCAGUUCAUGAUGAUCCUGUAACCCUUGCCAUCUGCAUGGGAUGGUGGACUAAGCAGAAUUUUAUUGACAGUAGCACAGAGUCUGUUGCUUGUGCUUAUUGCCAGGGAAGUUUGAUUUGAUCCUUAGCCAUGGAGUGUCUUCAGGGCUGCCGUAGUUGAUGUAUAUUUCUAGCAGAGGCUGGUGCUGGACCUGAAGGCCUUUUUUUUUCAUAAAUGUGAUUUAUUAUUAUUAUUAUUUCAAGAUCCGUUGUGAUCAGCAUAUAAACAUCCUCUGUCUCCUAGAGCUAAUCCAAAUGAGCCCUGUUGGAACUGGGGUGUUUGAGUUUCUGUUUAUAGUAGUUGCCUUGAGCCUUAACCUUCUUUUAGUGACAAUUGAAAGAGUAGAGAGUGAGUGCAUAAAACACAGGCUGAAAGUGUUACUGUUUGGUAUCUGCUCCUGUUGACUGUCCCUGCAAAUGGAGUCUCUCCUGCCUCUCACCUCUGAGCAGUCUCUGCUGAUGCGUUUUGAGUCCACUUCAAUUUCACAUUCCUGAAAAGUUAAGGUGUAGCAAGAAACUGGAAAUCCAAAGGGGUCUGGUCCUGCUUUUGUAUCAUUUUGCUCACCAGCUGAGGUUGACCAAUAUCAGGUUAGAGAAAUACCCACAUAUAAUCCCUUGUACUCCAAACAGUUUGCAGAUACAGCCCUGUUUCCUUCCUCUGUGCUGUGAGAUCAGCAACACUGUGCUGUCUCAUCGGUCUCUGUAGCAUCAUCUGGCCCUGCCUCCACAGCAGUGGAAACAAAUAUAGCAGCACAAGUGUAGCUGGGUUCCUGCAACAGAAUGUCCUUGCCUGGGUGGCAGGAGGGGAGGGCUUGGUGAGGAGCGGCGCAGGUCUGUUAGAGGUUACUUCCAAGGGAAGAACGGAAGGGUCUACGGAGUGAAGCCCAUUCUGCACUAAAUCUUGUGGAAUCACUGACUGGAAAGGGAUGUUGUUCUGUCCUUUGCAGAUGUGCUUAAUCAAUGUCCUUCUCAAAAAUUGUUUUUUCAGUUCUUUUACUUGCUGUUCCAUACCCAGCAAGGAGAACGUGCUUGAACGGUUUUGCUUUGAGGCACAAGCCAAAAACUAUUGGUUGCUAUUACCAAGAGGCCCCCAGGGAGGAGUUGGGUUUGUCUGCCCUUCCCCAGCACCACCCCAACAGGAGUCAGCAAUGCCCAGUGGAACUGAACUAAAACCCUAUGUAGGGAGCAGGAUAAAGUGUCACUCUUAUCCUUAGGGUUAACGUCUUGUACUUUAAGUGUGUAUUGUGCUCUUUACACUCUUCCCGUAUUAGGGUAUCCUUGAAAAGGCUCUACUGUGGUUUUAUUGCUAGGACCAGCUUUGUAUUCUGACAGCACUUGUGUGCUGCAGGAAUUCAUUUGCAGCAGGCUUCACUGCUGGUGAAGUGUUAGUCUUUGGUAUUGGUCAACCUCCCUUGGUUAGCCAGUUUGUGUAUUAGAAACUGAACAUAUUAAAAUUGUCUUAAAGGAUAAUGUUCCUCAAUUAGUGUUUUUUUAAUUCAUGGAUGGAAACUGUCACUUUAGCAUGUAGAAUCUUCUCUUACGGAAUCCUGUGCAGUGAUUCUAGAAUUUUGAAACUGUAUGAUGUGUUACAUUCACAAAUUUAUUUGCUAUGAACAUUCCCUUAAAAAAAAAAAAGAAAAAGAAAACAUACCACAAGCUGCUGUAAUGAUUUUGUGUCAAGAUGAUCCAAUAAACUUUCAAAACAAAGUUAAAUUUUUGGCUUCGUAAAUAGUCAUUUUAUAAGACAAGAUUGUAUGGACCCAAAAACAUUUUAUCAGUAGGCUGUUGUGCCCAUCACUAUAAUACAGGUCAACUCUGGAAUUGAUUUUUUUCAUAUUUAUCCACUGUGAAGUACGCACGCAAGUACAACACGCAAGUGCUGUAUGCUUAUCAAGGGAAAGGGUUGUGCAAGCAUUAUUUGACCUGGACGUACCCCAACUCUGAGUGUUUGUGGUUUGUGUCUUUGGGGUAGGUAAGGGGAAUCUCGUUCUGAAAGAUGUGAGAAUUGUAUGGGGUGGUGUGUUUUUGUUUUUUAUCAGCUGGGGAGAGGUGUGCAGCAGUGAGGAGAGUCCUGCCAGCUGUCUCCCUGAUAUGCCUGUCAGGUGCUGGUCACACACCUGCUCCCCCGGCAGCAACAGCUCUAAGGCAUGAAGUGCACUAGCAGAAAAGGGAUCUCCAAUGUGAUAAACUGGAAUGGUGCUGUUCUUUAUCUCUUGUAUUUUAAACUGAGCUGACAUAUUUAGCUGGGAGCUUCCAGCUCUGCACUGAGAAAAACCCAUUGCUUGCAUUAACUUGUUGGCCUUAUUACCUGGAGAUAAGCUCCUGCUGCAGAAGGAAGCACCAAGUCAUUUGCUUUCUGCGUGCACUGUGAGCCCUACAUUGUAUUCCCAGGUUGGCCUGCAGGGAGGCUGCCUGCUUGCUGUGCUGCCUUGUGAAACUGCACAAAUCUGACAGGAUGAAAACAACAGUAAACAUCAGUCUCUUUGCAAAUGAGAGGGUCUGCAUGGAGAAAAACAACAACAACAAAACAACAGGAACCACUUGGAGCAAAUGUCAAGUAUUUAAUGAGGCGCAGGACCUUAACUGGACAGUGCUGGAGCUUCCAGUGAACCUGGUGCUGUGCACUGCUGGCUUUAAACAGCAAGGCAGGGUUCUGUCCUGCUCUCUGCAUUUACAUCUGGUCAUUUACAUCAUUUACAUGGAGCAACUGGACAGAGAAAAUCAGUCCUUAUCUAAGUGUGGUUUUGCACACUACGCUAUGAACGAGUAUGUAAAAGAAACGGUGCUCAGCACCAUCCUUCCAGAGAAAGAGUGGCACACUCCAAGCCUCCAGGCUUGCAGUUGCAGCUGCUUCAUGCCAUGUCUUGGAUGGAGCAGCACCUAUUCCUUGGAGGUUCAUGUCCCUUCGCAACUGUGCUGUCUGGAGCUGUGCAAAUGCUGCUGGAGCAGCUGCCCCGGCUCCUCCCCUGAGGAGCAGCGAUCCUGUACCUGCGGCUGUUGGACGCAGAGCGUGGGAUCAGCGGCUCUGCGCUGACCUCUGAGCCGCAGGAGGCCCUGCUCACAGCCCGGUGCUGUGUGCAUCUCUGCAAGAACAAUGAUAGGAAAUGAGCUGUGGGUCAGGGCUGCCAGUUUGGGGCAGAAUUGGGGGCACCUGGAACUGCACCUUAUUUCAGAGAGCACUGAGAUCCCCCUGGUUUUGCUUGCAAAAGGGCAGAAGUGUAGAACAAUGCUCUAAGUGCAGGACCCGAGUGAGCUCUCCCCACCAUCCACCUACAGGCUGUGGGUUUUGGCUAACUGCUGUGCUUUUAGCACAGCUUGGUUUUAGGCUUCACAGGGACUUACCGCCUGCCUCUGACUUCCUUCAUUCUAAUGUUUGUAAAAACUUCCCUUUGAACUGACAGCUGUGUUUUCUGCUACUUCUCCUUCUUAUUUGAAACUUCAACUAUGUGCUGCCCCUGUGACCACAUCACUGCUAGCAACCUGUCCCUGACCAAGCAAGAGUUGAACCGAGCUAAGAGCAAAGCAUGAGAGUGCAGAAACAUCUCUUCCACUUUUGGCCCUAAAAAAAGGGGGAUGGGGGGGGAUGGAAAAUGAGAACUGUUCUGGAAGAAUGAAAGCCUGCAAGGGCGGCUGUGCCUUCUGCACAUUCUCCAUUCCAGUACAACCCCGUACCAGCCUUGCGGAGGGGCUGGAGAUCUCCUUCUUGUCCAGGUGCUGUCAUCUGUGCCAACAUCUUGCUGCUGUGGCUGAGGCCUCAAGUCUUGUCCUGUCCUUGCUCCUCUUUCACCACUGCUGCCCUCAAAAAUCAAGGGAAAAAGCUUUCCUCUCUCCCUUUUGCUCAUGGCCAGACCCAACCCUUCCCCUGACCUUUUGCCACAGCACCUGCUCUGUGAAAACCAGACAGACCUGGGGAUUUUCUGAGCUCAACCCUUAGCUCUGCACUUCUCUGUUCCCCUUUUGCUGUGACAAGGGCACAGAAAACCCAAUCCCAGAGGAGGCUGUGCCACCGAAAACCAAACUGAACCGGACUGAGAAACUGAACUGUUGUCUCUUCCCUGCAGGGCAGGGAUUUGCUUGCAACAUCCCAUCCAACUCCUACACCCUGACUGCACUGCCAGGGAGUUUAUCCAUGGCUGAGAAAGUAAAAGUGAAUCCUGUUUUCAAUUCGUCAAGUCAAUCAGGUGGUAAAUGUUAUUUUGGGGAUGACAUUUUCCUGUUCAGGCAGACAGCUGUAGGUCAUAGACUGCUUUUCUUCUAGAAAUUGUGAACAUUGGUUUAAAUGUUGGUACUUUUAAAUUUUGCUUCUGAUUUCUGAGCCUUGCCAGUGUUUAAAGAGCACCUCAGCCUGCUUUUCUGUCACACCACGCAGAUGAUAACCGUGUUAAGAAAUGAGGAAAACCUUUCCCGGACUCCAGGAACCAGCAUUUCUACUGCAGAACCAAACAGGGUGAGCUUUUGUCAUGUGCUGCGCUCUGCAGCCAGACUCCUUGUUUUUUAAUGAAUAAUUUAAUAAGUAAUUUCACCAAGGUGCUCAGCAGGAUGCUUAGCAUGGGCUGCAGUCCCCUGGAGGGGACUGCAGGCUGGAAGAAAUAUGAGAAAUCCUGUGAGGGUGACACCACAUGCCUGUGGCUGCCUGGGACUCCGAUGGAGCUUUCUCAUGGUCUGGAUCUGGCCCUGGGCUGAAAUGGGGCUGGGGCUGAGCCAGGUGCCAGCGAGUGCUGCUUGCUUCACCCUGCUUUCUACACGUGACUCAGCUUCACCUCGGAGAUGGUUUAGCAGCAGGAUGUCAUUAGCUUGCUGUGUCAACAUCUCAUUCCAUCAAUAUCAUCUCUAAUUUAAUCCAUUAAGGUUUCUAAGAAUAACCGGCUUUUGCUAAUUACAAAGAAGUGUGAAUUACAUCAGAGCUGUCCCCGAUAAGCACUGGCAAAGCUCAGCUGAGGUGAUGCUCUGAGCUCUGUGCUGGCCAAGCAGGGCUGCGAGGCCUGGGCGGAUGAAUGCCAAGGGGAAUAGAGAACCCCUUCUGCUGCCGGGGAAUCCAGGCUCCUGCCACACCUCCUCGAAGGGAAGGCGAGUGGACGAAACGGCUCAGAACGGUGCAGGGAACCACAACAACCUGUUUUCCUCACAGGCUGCUCGAGAGUUCCCUGAAUUAACUUUCAAGGCACAAGCAGGGGUGAGAGGAAAUCCCUCGAGCGAGGAUAUUUCAUGUGAUAGGAAAUGGUGGCGGCCUGGGAGCAGGAGGAAGGGCAGGGGCUGCAUGCGAGGCUCGUUUAAGCAUCACUAAAGAAGUAUUGUCUUGGCUUGGAUGUGCUCGCAGCCAUAGCAGGAAUUCCCCCCACCUGCUGUGGCUUAAUCCUAAUUCAGGGAGAGGGAAAAGUAAAUAAAUAAAAAGAUCUGAACAGUGCUGCAUAAAUUCUGCAGUGUGUUGAGGGACUGGGCCAAGCCCCGGGCAUGCUGUGCUCCCUUGUCGUGAACUUUAAUGGCGUUAGUGUCCCAAAUCUCAGGUACUGGAGGGCUUUGCUUCAGCUUCGGGUGCUGUUUAAUCUCCAGGUGGGGCAAAGGGUGGGCACCUCAGGCUCACCAGGGAGCGACCCUUCCACCCAGCACCCUCCAGCCGUGUUCUGUUGCCAAAAAACCACCGGUGCUGAGGCGGUUCGGGGGCAGGUGCCCUCUGUUAGGUGAGCGCCUUGCAGCCCUGAGGGGCCGCUUGCCAAUCCUGAUACAAAAAGGGGGGGAGUUGAGCCCCUAAAACCUCGUAGGGCCAAACCCGGGCUGCAGGAGGGGAUUUAAGGGUUUGGGGAGCCAGGGCUGGCCCCAGUCAGACCCCGGCCCCUGCGGGACUGGGCUGGGGCUGCAGUGCUCAGGGGGGAAGUUCGGGGCGAUGGAGGUUUGGGAAUUUCCUCUGGGAAUUGCAGCUGGGCUGCUGCCGCUUUCCAGCUUCCAGGCGUAGCAGAGGUGGGAACGGUUCCUCUGCUCACAAGUUUAAACAGGUAGAUUAAUAAAUAAAUAAAUAAAUUAAAAAAAGGCAAGAUUAAAAAAAGGAUAAUAGGAUAAAAAGGAAAAAAGGAUAAUAAAAGCUGGAAGGGUCAUUAACAGCGGCAGUGGUUCACCCCCAGCAGGGUUUCCAUCCCAUAAAACGAGACAAAAACAAAAAGAAAACGAAACGCAGCUGGCCUAUUCCCCGGCCACUCCCCGCCGCGCCGGGGGGCGGCCCCUUUAAGAGGAAGUAGCGCCGGCAGCCGCCGGCGGAGCGGGGUCGGGGCGCGCGGAGGAGGAGCGCGAGGAGCUGCGCUGCGGCCACACGAGGGGCGCCGCCUCCGCGCCGCCACGGACUAACUGCGGCCGGCCAGAUCAGGACCAGAUGAGCAGAAGGAGGUUUCUGUGAAGAUCAGAGUCCUCGCUGCCCUGCCCCAGGAAGUGGCCCAGCAGCUCUGUGUCUGCAGCUGUCGUCGCUACGGGCCUG